AGAUUCCGUCCUCCAUCCAUCCCUCCUUCUCUCCAUCCAUCCCUCCGUCCGUGCGCCUGUCCUUUCAUCAUGCAGUGGUUGUCUGUCUGCAGCCUGUUGGUGCUGCUGAGUGUUUUAUCCCGGUCUCAGGCUCAGAACCAGAUCUGUACCAUCUUCACUGAGGCCAAGGAAGAUGGAUUCAAAUCUUUGAUCCUUGUAGGGCUGGCUCAGAAUCUUCCCGAUAGUACGUUGGGUGACUUGGUGCCUCUCAUCGCAGAGGCCUUAGCCAUGGGCGUCAAAUGCUGCUCAGACACUCCUCCAGAGGACUGCGAAAGAGAUGUGGCGGACCUGUUCCAGAGCGCGGUGUGUUCCUCUGAGACCCUGGUGGAGAAGAACGAUCUGAAGAUGUGCUGUGAGAAGACUGCCGCUGAGAGGACACACUGCUUCGUGGACCACAAGGCCAAGAUUCCUCGGGACCUGUCCCUCAAAGCUGAGCUGCCCGCUGCAGACCAGUGUGAAGACUUCAAGAAGGACCACAAGGCUUUUGUUGGGAGGUUCAUCUUCAAGUUCUCCAAGAGUAACCCGAUGCUACCCCCACAUGUGGUCCUGGCUAUCGCCAAAGGUUAUGGAGAGGUUCUGACUACAUGCUGUGGAGAGGCUGAGGCCCAGACCUGCUUCGACACCAAGAAAGCUACUUUCCAACACGCCGUCGCGAAACGCGUGGCUGAACUCAAGUCCCUGUGCAUCGUCCACAAGAAAUAUGGAGACCGCGUUGUCAAGGCCAAGAAGCUGGUUCAGUACAGUCAGAAGAUGCCUCAGGCCUCUUUCCAGGAGAUGGGAGGCAUGGUAGACAAGAUCGUAGCGACUGUUGCCCCCUGCUGCAGCGGAGACAUGGUCACAUGCAUGAAGGAGAGGAAGACCCUGGUGGAUGAGGUGUGUGCUGAUGAGAGUGUGUUGUCUCGCGCGGCGGGUCUGUCUGCAUGCUGUAAGGAGGAUGCAGUACACAGAGGGUCCUGUGUUGAGGCCAUGAAGCCAGACCCUAAGCCAGACGGUCUGUCUGAGCACUAUGACGUUCACGCUGACAUAGCAGCAGUCUGCCAGACCUUUACCAAGACCCCGGAUGUAGCCAUGGGGAAGUUGGUCUAUGAGAUCUCAGUGCGUCACCCUGAGUCGUCUCAGCAGGUGAUUCUGAGGUUCGCCAAGGAGGCUGAGCAGGCCUUGCUCCAGUGCUGCGACAUGGAGGACCACGCAGAGUGUGUCAAAACCGCUCUGGCAGGCAGUGAUAUUGAUAAGAAGAUCACUGAUGAGACGGACUACUACAAGAAGAUGUGUGCUGCUGAGGCUGCCGUGAGCGAUGACAGCUUUGAGAAGAGUAUGAUGGUGUACUACACCAGGAUAAUGCCCCAGGCCUCCUUCGACCAGCUCCACAUGGUGUCAGAGACAGUGCAUGAUGUCCUCCAUGCCUGCUGCAAGGACGAGCCAGGCCACUUCGUCCUGCCUUGCGCAGAGGAGAAGCUGACCGACGCCAUCGACGCCACAUGUGACGACUAUGACCCCUCCAGCAUUAACCCCCACAUCGCCCACUGCUGCAACCAGUCCUAUUCCAUGAGGAGACACUGCAUCCUGGCCAUCCAGCCUGACACAGAGUUCACGCCCCCAGAGCUGGAUGCCAGCAGCUUCCACAUGGGCCCCGAGCUCUGCACCAAGGACAGCAAGGAUCUGCUGCUCUCUGGGAAGAAACUACUGUACGGUGUGGUCAGACAUAAGACCACCAUCACUGAGGAUCAUCUGAAGACCAUCUCUACUAAAUAUCACACCAUGAAGGAGAAGUGCUGUGCUGCUGAGGACCAAGCAGCAUGCUUCACUGAGGAGGCACCCAAGCUGGUUUCUGAGAGUGCAGAGCUGGUCAAGGUUUAGGAUAGAAUUUUGAUGAUUUUAAUUUCAAAAGAUGAACUGAUGAUUUAAAACAAUAAAAAUAAAAUGAAGGUUCUGUCUGUAUCGAUCCAUCUACCUCCCCAGCCUCCAUUUACAUCACGGUGACCUCAUCCUCCUAUCAGCAACGUCUUGUCAUCCACUCAUAAGUCUGUCUAUCAGUGAUCUGUGAUUGACUCAUAAGCCUUACAGUCUAUCCUCAUCAAACCUCUAUCUGGGAUGAAUCACACCACUGGUUAAUUUCUGAUAGACAUGAAUGACUCCUGUCAAUCAAAUACAUUAAUAACUGAAUAAAGUCAUGUUUAUCAACUG